UUGCUGCGAUGCGGUGACGUGUUGCUUUUCAAAAGCUUCUCUGACUGCGUCCGAAAGCACACACUUAUCUGUGUGGCAAGGCAACAACACUCCAACAACAGAGAACGGGAAUACGAUUGAGGGAGUGUUUUGCUGUUACAACACACACACACACAUCGACCCCACAAGCUGUUGACGUUCCGUAGUUUAGUAAAUCUCAUUGCAUCCCGCCACCUGCAUAUAAAGCCCGAACGAACGCGACCGAACCGAACAAAACCUAUCCAACUGUAACCUUUUCUGGGUGGCUUCUGGGCGCUCGUUCACGGUUUGUGUAUGUGUAUACCUUGCAAUUAAAUUCGUGUAGUCACAGUCAAGUGCAGCGGUGCAGUUCCCGUGGAGCCCACGCAGUUUCUUUUCAUCUGUGGAACCAUUCCCCUGGCCUUUGUUCUUGUCGGUCACAUUUUAAUAUCCUGUGCGAGCUCUCUUGUUCACACUGCUUUACUCCUGUGCCAGUAAAACUUUUUAACAUUUUCCCCCAUUUUAAUUAAUGAUAAGUGUUGGCUGGUUCUUCUUUUUUCUCUCUCUCUCUCUCUCUCUCUCUCUCUCUCUCGUGGGGUAGAAACUUUAAGAAACCCAGCUUACCGGCUUACAGCUUUGCAGAAGCGACGACAGCGAUGGGACACGAUUCGUGCUGGAGCUCGAGGUGGAGAGUGUUAGCUGCACUGGUGAUUUUCCAAUGUGUCAUUCUAAUGGUACGAUCUGACGAACCGAGACGCGAUUCAAAUUACCCUCCACCGGAGUUGCUGGAGAAGAUGAAACCAAUGCACGAUGCCUGCGUCGCUGAGACGGGUGCAUCCGAGGAUGCCAUCAAGCGGUUCAGCGAUCAGGAGAUCCACGAGGAUGACAAGCUGAAGUGCUACAUGAACUGUCUCUUCCAUCAAGCGGGCGUGGUGAACGAUAAGGGCGAGUUCCAUUACGUCAAGAUACAGGACUUUCUGCCCGAAUCGAUGCAUCUGAUCACGCUCAACUGGUUCAAGCGCUGUCUGUAUCCGGAGGGCGAGAACGGCUGCGAGAAAGCAUUCUGGCUGAACAAGUGCUGGAAGACGCGGGACCCGGUGCACUACUUUUUACCGUAGUGAGCUUUUUGUUUGUCCUCUUUUUGAACUACAAGGUUGCUUCACCCAUAAGCCUUGGGAGAGUUAUUUUGAUUCAUUAUGUGGUUGAGUACAAAUAUGUGGGAUAGUUGAUACACUUAGCUACAAAGAUUGCUAGGUAUUAGAUAUUGAAGAUUUUGUAGUAACUCUUUGUGGACGAAUCCAGGGGUCCGAAGAAUUAACGUAGAAAGAAAGAGGAAAGCAUUCUAGAGCAAAAGGAUAUCAAAGUGUAAUCUUUUUAAUGGAACUAAUUACUUACUCACUUACUUAUUCUUCGCUUAAAUUGCUUUGCGGUCAUGGUCUGCUGCAGUAGUAUCCAAACCCGAUCACGAUCUCGGCCUCUAAUAACGAACGCUUUCACACGAUAUUGCAACCUCAACUUAGGCCUACCACCUUAGCUCUGUCUCUGUGAACAACCUAUAAAGACUUUGUCAAGAUUCAAGCGAAUAAAACGACCAUCCCACAGGAGCGCACAGGA